CCGUGCCGGAGGCUCCAGUCCGAUCGCAGCAUCACUUGCGGUGCUUUCGCGCGCGCUUCUCUCUCUCUUUUCCGUCAACCAACGAACGGAAGCGGUUAUUUCUUUUCUUUUUCUUUCGUUAUAUCUACAGGAGAGAGAAACGCUUUCGUCUGAAUCUUCUCUCGUUCUUUUUUUUUCUCCCUCUCUUACUCGCGCCAUUUUCAUCUCUCUUUCUCUCUUUUCUCUUCUUCUGCUUUGCGCGGAGACAGAGAGAGAGAGAGAGGAACAGAUAAAAGGAUAAACCGCGUGUGUUGCGAAAAGAAAGAAGGACGGAGAGAGAAAGAGAGAGAAAAAAAGAGUGACGACCCGACGUUCAUAGUCAUACGGGAAAGAAAAGCGUGUAAAGUGUAAGAAGAAAGAUAGGAAAAAAGAAACGAACCUUUCAACUUUUUCUCAUCCCCAAUUUUGUUUUCUCUUUCGAUAACGGUAUGUAACCCGAAGACGAUGGGAAAGGAAGUGUCCGAAUAUAAAUUUCAACGUGGACGCGGGAUCGAAUGGCUAGACGUUUCUUCGCGCCGAAACUCGCGAGGAGUAACGAGAACGCGCGGUGUUCGCCGAUGAAUCUUAUUUUCUCCCUGCGCUCUCACGUUCUCCUCUUCGUCCACCUUAUCUUUGUCGUACUCUUUUUCGAUCGAAUUCUCGCGCCUUGCUCUCAUCUCGAUCCUCCGUCGGGUUACGUCAACUAAGGGAAGAGAUUGAAAACUCGUUCGCUUUACUUCCACCAUCAAAAAAGUUUCGCCGUUUGGUGCUACGUGUGCGUCGCGACGUGAAAUCAACGAGAUUUCAUUUCCACGUUCUUCCCGAGAGCAAGUGGACUGUGUGCAUUUCGGUGUAUACCCUUCUCUUCUUUUCUUCAACUUAAAAAGAUUCGAAAUAAUCAUUUAAGCCUUUAUGAAAAUUCUUUGUGUUGCGACUGUGUCGGACAUAUAAUAUCGAAUUCAUCUAAUCGCCAAGGAAGCAAAAUAGUGUCAUCGAUCGAUCACGAUCGUGGAACAGUAGCGUUAAGAGUGUAUUGCGAUCAAUAAGAAGAAAAAUCGAAACUCGUUAUCUGUCGACAUUAAUCUCGCGCAGCGAGAAAAUUACGAGGGUGGAACGUAACAAGGAUCGCUAACACGGUGUGCUUGUCGCAAGAAACGACUUCGGGGAGGAUUCAUCGGAAGCGCUGCUCGUGUUCUUGCAAGCUUGCCGAGUUGGUGAAUUAAAGGGCAGUGCUCUGAUAAAAGUGAAUGGAUCUUUCUUGUAUAUCAAGUGCCACGCGUCGAGUUCUUUACAUCAUCGUUACGUUGCAUCGUUCUCGCGCCAUUUUCAUCAUUCCUGUUCCCCUUUCGUGUUUCCUGUUGAAAUCGAAGAAUUCGAAGAGAAGGAAGAAGGAACGACGACCAGCUCUCUAUCGAGAUUUCCAUGGAGUAGAUGCACAGGAUGACGAUCACUAUGAAGUAUUUUCACAUCGUUCUAAUACUUCUCGGAGGUACUCAUCUCCUACGAGCUCAACCGUCGGCCUCUCCGUUUAUCAAAAGCGUUGGUGAGUCCGGCAGCGUGAGCAGUGUGAACGUCGAUCACGGUAAGCCGACGAAUUCAUGGGCCAGACCUCAAUUCGACGACAUCGCACCAAAAAAUAUCACUGCCAUCGUUGGUCAGACAGCGGAGCUUAAUUGUUACGUUAAACGUCCAGGUGAUCGUGUGGUCUCUUGGAUACGAAAAAAGGAUUUGCAUAUCCUGACGUCGUCGAUUCACACGUACACAGGAGACGCGAGAUUUUCCGUGAAGCAUCCGGAAUCUUCGGACGAGUGGACGUUGAAGAUUGAAUACGUGCAGCCUCGCGAUGCUGGAAUUUACGAGUGCCAGGUCAACACCGAGCCUAAAAUGAACUUAGCCUUCACGUUGAGAGUCGAAGAAAGUGCCCCUGUCCCUGCCACCACCGCACCGAACUCCAUCCGACGGACAUUCAACUCAGCUGCUCAAGCAAAGAUUAUGGGACAGGAGGACGUCUACGUAAAGAAGGGUAGUACGAUAAGCCUCAUGUGCACUGUUAACGUGCAAAGUACACCUCCGAGCAGCGUUUCGUGGCAUCACGGUGGAGCUGUAGUGGAUUUCGACAGCCCCAGCGUUCACCACAGGGGCGGGGUAUCCUUGGAGACCGAGAAAACCGAAAGCGGCACGACGAGCAGACUUCUCGUAACACAGGCCAGAUUGAGCGACAGUGGAAAUUACACGUGCAUUCCUAGCAACGCGAAUCCGGCAAGCGUGAUGGUACAUGUCCUCAAUGGCGAACAUCCAGCAGCUAUGCAACACGGUGGCAGCUGUGGCGUCUUCUGCACCGUACCGAUCAUCCUUCUCACUGGUACUACUCUUCUGAUCUCGAACCUGCUAAGGUGAGCGGUCCUUGUUGUGUGAAACGUCGAGGCUAAACGAAAGAUUUAGAAUUAUGAAUUAAGAAUCGUCCUAAAGGGAAGAGUAUGAGCAAAUACGAGUUAAAUCAAUAUCGACUAAAAAAUCAAACGAGUAAAUCGCGUUGAAACUUCGAAAGACGAUUUCAAUGUGCACGAUACGGAAAAGAGAGACAGAGUGAUGUGCGGACACGCAAAGAUUCACGCUUUACAAUCAAAAGUUACAAACCGGUUAGACUAGGACGAAGCUAACGAACAAAUAUCGAAGCUCGCGACCUAAUUCUCAAAACGAGAUCGUAUCUACUGGUAUGUGUACUGUAACCGGAAUACAUCGACGAUUCCCUACUCCUCCUCUACUAGCCCUUAUCAUCGAAUCAACCCGAAAAUUCAAAGGGAAACUCGCGGGGAAAGAUUCCUUAGGAAUCGAGCGUUUCUAAGCUAAUCAUCGUCGACGAUCGAUCAUUAUAAUCAAAGUACCUAUUUAAAUAAAAGGAAUAUAGAUAGUGGAAUAAGUUAAAAUUGUAUAUAUAAAAGCGGAUGUUUGGAUGUUGUUAUGGUUCGACGUAACCUCGAUGUACAGACUAAGGCGUUUAUAUAUAAAUAUACAUUAUAUAUAUAUAUAUAUAUAUAUAUAUAUAUAUAUAUAAAUUAUACAUAAAUUGUCCGCGAAAAGAAGAAGAAUUCGUUCCGUAACGUUAAGUUCGAACUAGCGUUGUAUAUAACUUAUAUACCGAUCGAUCACAUUAUCGUAACGCGCAUCGCUUUUUGCGAAUCUAGUUAAAGAAAUAAGAAAACCAUACCCGACGAUUUUCUUCUUUUUCUUUCUUAUUUUUUUCUUUUCUUCUUUUUCGAUAUAUUAUUUUUGUCGUUUUUGACAUACAACUAUUACCGUUGCGUUUAAUGAUAUCGAUUGAAUUUUAUAAUACUCUUUGGAAUAUGAUUCCACUACAUUUUUUCCUUUGCAAUUCUAAUACGAUACGAUUCCUGUCAUCUCUGAUAUUUUACAUAUCUCUCGUUAAGAACGGCCUUCGAUCGUGAUGCAUCGUAAAAUGAAUAUCGAGUUUAAAUCGUAGAAAUAAAAUCGUACGAGGCAAAAAUAAAAAAGCUUUGAGUUCGUUCUUCGUGAUUCUUUUUUUUUUUGUUUUCCUUUUUUUUCCUUCUUUUUUUUCGCGUUCCUAGAUAGCGUACGGCCCCUCGAGAGUCAAAUUUCCGAAUCGAAUGCGCUCGUUCGAGAGUUAGAUAAUUGAAUACGUAACGUAACGUAAAGAUAGAACGUAAUUAUUUGAUUAUAGCAUACUCGUUAGAGACUAACGAUAAAAAAAAAAGAAUAUUAUAAGGCCUAGAAUCUUAAGACAUUAACUUAAAGUUAUAUAAAUUUUUUAUAACCUUAUAUCCCGGAGAUUACAGAGCGAUGAUCAAGGAUGCGAGAACGACACGAAUUCGAAGACGGAGAAACGAUCGUGAUAUAUUAUUCGUUCGUUGUAUAGUUUAUAAAAUGCAAAUUUACGUCGUUGUGAAAGGACAAUAUCUUUAGAAUCAAAGAAAAAAAAAAUGAAGAUAAAGAAAGAAACAAAAUCUAAAGCGAUUGAAAGAAGACUGCGAUUUCUUGCAGAGGUGUGAUAUAUAGCGUUAUGGAUUAAAAAAUUAAAUGAUAUUUCAUAAUAUUGGAUGAGAUUAAAUUGUUUCGAGUUUAAAAGUAAAAUUAAAAAAAAAAGAAAUAAAAAAGGAGAGAGAAGAAGCGUUAUGUUAUUGGCGAUGUGAUUAGAAUGUUGCGCGAAGAAAAGUUAUAAGCGAUUGUUCGAUCAUUUGUUAUAAUCCCUUGUUAGCGAUAACGAAAAUUUAUUUGAAAACUCGUAUGAUACACGUUAAUUUCAAUUCUCAAACUUCCGUCAUUGAUUUCGAUUAAACGAUUCACGAUAGCGAAUGCGUGGCAUAGCGAAAAAAACGUCAGCGCGUUCUCGUACGAUUUUCCGCGCGCGAUAUUACGACGAUUGAACGGAAAGAUAUCGAUAGGCGAAAAAAAAAACGUAAUAACGUGCAAACAAUUAUAGCUGACUUGUGACCUAGCUCACUGAUAUCUGCGACUCGUAUCCUUACCGAAAAUAUUGUACACUAACGAGUAAGUCUAGAAGACAUUGUAUAUAAAAGAUUCAUAAUCGACACACUGUAUCACGUUAUACGAGAAAAGUCGACAUAAAUUUAAAGAUGCGAAACGCGAGAGGAAACGAGCAAAGAGGGAUAUGAAAAAUAAAAAACAUAAAAUAAAAUAAAAUAAGAAAAAAAGGAAAGAAACAGAUGAAAUAUUAGAAGGAGAAAUACGAGGGACAGAAUGCGAUGCAGAAUAUUAUACUGUAAAAAAAAAAAAGUAAUCAUUGACGUGGAAACUGUUUGAAUAAAUGUAAUGAUUAUAAAA